GGUUAUGUUUAUAUUCACCACAUAAAAUAUUAUCGAAUAAAAAUAAGUGAAACCUUCUACAAUUUAUUUUGAAACAAGUAGAUAAAUAGAUAAAUGGAAGAAGAAGACAAAAGACCUCAAUUUGGCAACAGACUGCUUGAAAAUGUGGACGAGGUCUUUAAACAUAACGCUUGGUACUGUAUUUAAUAUUUCAAUUAGAAGUUGUAAGAAAGUACAAGAUGUAAAUAAAGUUGCUUUGGAAAGUACACGGCACAGAAAGAAACCUACAGGUGGAUCUAGAUAUCUCCAAGAUCGCAAUGAUCUAUAUCUUUUCAAUGCAUGGGAUAAUGUGCAAUGGGAUGAGGACCAAGAGAAGGCAGCCCAGGAGAAAGUUGAACAAAACUCCCUUGUAACUUUCUCUGAAGAUACAUUGAAAGAUUUAGAAGAAAAUGCUGAUAAACACUGGGAUGAUUUUUAUGAUAUCCACCAAAAUAGAUUUUUCAAAGACAGGCAUUGGCUCUUCACAGAGUUUCCAGAACUAGCCCCCGACAAUACUUCAGCUCCCUGCCGAGUGUACCCCAGUGACUCUAAUGUGACUGUCCUUGGAGUACAACUUCAGAACACCAAUAUAGAACAAGGUGUAAAGAGAUAUAUCUUCGAAAUUGGCUGUGGCGUAGGCAACACAAUCUUUCCCAUACUACAGUACAGUCGUGACCCUAAUCUCUUUAUCUAUGGCUGUGAUUUCUCCUCAAAAGCUAUAGAAAUUAUGAAAGAAAAUGAACUGUAUGAUACGAAGCGGUGUGAAGUUUUUGUACUUGAUGCUACGACAAAAGAUUGGAAUGUGCCCUUUGAAGAGAACAGUAUUGAUAUUAUUGUAUUAAUAUUUGUGCUAUCGGCGAUUGAUCCAAGCAAAAUGAGUGGCGUAAUAAGUAAUAUUUUUAAAUACCUCAAGCCUGGUGGUCUGGUUGUAUUUCGAGAUUAUGGAAAGUAUGAUUUAGCGCAAUUGCGAUUCAAAAAAGGACGAUGUAUAUCAGACAAUUUCUAUGCCCGAGGAGAUAAAACCCUAGUAUACUUUUUCACACAAGAAGAAAUCACCAAUUUGUUUAAAAGUGCUGGAUUUUUGGAAGAACAGAAUUUAAUCGAUAGACGUCUACAAGUAAAUAGAGGUAAAAAAUUGACUAUGUAUCGAGUGUGGAUACAAGCUAAGUACAGAAAACCAUUGUAAUAUGAUGAUUAAUGUUUUAUACAAUAAAUGUCCCGAAAUAAUUAUUUCA